UGCCAGACGCGUAUAUAAAACAUUUAGCCCUGUUCUUUGGUAACGACAGUAACAAUACAACCGCCAACAUGAAGCUUCUGUGCAGUGUGCUUAUCCUGGCCAGCGUUAUGGUCAUUAAAGCCAAACCUAAUGUGCAGAUUGGGAGCGCCUUGGAUCAGUAUCUGGUGCAUGCCCGCGAUCUGGAUACCAUUGCUGCCGAGGAUGUGACCACCCAGUGCUUCAACCUCUACCUGCCCAAGUUGAACGAGGUGGCCGCCACUUUCUCGAGCUCCUACCAAGGAUGUAUAAGCGCGGCCAAUGCCCAGACCGCCAAUCUGACCGCCCAGGCCGAUAAGCAGCAGAAGAUCUACCAGUCGGAGGUCUCCAGCCUCUGCAGUGCUUUUACCGCCUGCGACAGUAACAGCGACAACGACACCACCACCUUCUUCAACUGCUACGCCAGUGCGGCCCAGAGUGAUGUCUCUGUGAUCUACGACAUUUCCACCAAUGCCGCCAGCUCGGCCAACUCCUUGCUGACGGGCAUUAAGGCCAUCCAGGAUACGGAGUACCAGUGCACCAACGCCACGGAGAACCAAUAUGUCCUUGAUACCGCCAACACAUAUGAUCUGCUGGACAACUGCCUGAAGAACGGAGUGCCCACCAGCACCACAGCGGUCCCAACCACUACAUCCACUUCUGCCGCAACACCUACUACUUCAGACCCUUUUUAUUUUGAUCUUUAAAAACUUUUUAAACUCUAUACGGAAUGCUAAUUCUUAAAAAUGCAAAUAAUAAUCCUCUUAACCUAAAACUCUAAGCUUAUAAAUUUUCCCCAUUUUCGCAAUAGAAAGUAAUGUAACCCAUUUAAUAAAAAUGCAGUAACUAAAAAAUACUGGUUAUAAUCGCUA